CACCUGGAGUUGGUGGCUGAACAAUGUUGGUUUUACUAUGGCUGUCCUUUAAAGGCCAGAUGCAAAUAAGCCAUGACUUAUGCUCCUCCUCUUCCUGCCUUGUCCCCUCCCCUUCCCUCCUCCCAGACGCUAUGAUAGUUUAGACUCUGCCACCAACGGCCGCAGUGAUCUCGAUUCGGCCUCCGGCUCAAGCAGGCGGACCAGCCGCCAGUACUCCUUAGACAGUAGGCGCUCGCUCUCUGAUAGUCCCACGGGGUCCAGUCGAUACGCUUCAUCAGGCGAGCUGAGCCAUGGUAGCUCGCAGCUCAGUGAGGAUGGCGAGAGCUUCCGUGGCUCCGGAGAGUUCUACGAUGAGAACGACUCCUACCACUCAUGCCACUCCUCAGUCAGCUAUGGUAAAGAGUCACCUGGAUGGGACCAUGAUGAGCCCCAAGGAGUCUACAGUGAUGAAGGUAGCUUUGUCAAAGAUGGUGGAGAGGAAGGUGCGCUGUAUGAGGAUGAAGAUGGUGACUUGUAUGAGCAGGAGGAAGGGGAUUACCCCUAUGAGGAGGAAGAGGGAAUGGGCUUUGAGGAGGAUGAGGAGUUAUAUCCUCUGGACAGUAGACUUAGUGAGGAGCAGGAGCCCCCAUAUAUGCCCACCUCAACAAGUGCGGCUCCCCCGUUAGCUCGGGAGACCUCCAGCUACAGUCGGCCACCUCUGGAGAAGCAAACAUCGCUGCACCAGCAUCAGCCCCCACAGGCUGAAGCUCAGUUCCGACCCACAGAUUCCCUCACAGAGACUGUGCCAAAGCAGCAGAGCUUUGACGACUUCAGCAAACCUGCCAGCAAAUCCACCGCACCUGCCUCUGAUCUGGAGCCCCUUGGUCCCGCAGCACCUUCACUCACACCUGCAGGAAAACCUGUUGGAACCACAGAGGAACCGAAGAAGCUCCAGUCUCCAGUCUCUGAGCACCUGUCUAAAGUCCUGCCUGAGAAAAUGGAAGCACCUCCAGAAAGUGUGACAAAGCGAGAUGAGGCAGUGGAUCCUGCUGAACGUGCCAAGGCCAACUGGCUGCGACUCUUCAACAGGGUUCGGCUUCAGCUGCAGGAGUUUUAUGUCAUAGCGAUUGUCAUGCUCUGUCCUGAAUGGCCAAGGCUGGAUGAGUCCUCAGAAAGGUGGGUGUGUCAGUGUGCAGGCUGA